GACAGAGAGAGGCUCAGUGUGAUCCGACUCUCCAGCCGUUAGAGGAGAUCUUACCGGGGUCUGUGGAGGACCUGUAGCCGGACUGAGCGCUCUGCUGUCGGACUGAGAGAGGACUGAUCCUCGGUCAGCUGUUAGCCGUUAGCUGUUAGCCGUUAGCUGUUAGCUGGUUGCCCGGCUACAUGUCCAGCUAGCUCCAUAAAGCUAACCGUGUUAGCCGGCGGACCGGCGGAGAGAAGAGCCGAGCAGCGGGAUGGAAACAGGAAUUAACCCGGAAAACCCUCCGAGAAGAACCGAGCAGUGACCCGCCAGAACCUUCUGUUGUUUAACCCGCCGGUCGGAGGUGUUGCUGUGAGCCCCACCAUGGUGCAGAAGUACCAGUCCCCCGUCCGGGUCUACAAGCAUCCCUUUGAGCUGGUGAUGGCGGCCUACGAGCGCCGCUUCCCCACCUGCCACCUGAUCCCCAUGUUCGUGGCCAGCGACGUGGUGAAGGAGGAGAUCAGCGAGGACGGUUCCUCCACCAAGGUGGAGCGCCGCUGUGCCCUGGACGUAGACGCCCCACGCCUGCUCAAACGGAUUGCAGGUGUGGACUACGUCUACUUCAUCCAGAGGAACUCUCUGAACCGGAGGGAGAGGACGCUUCACAUCGAGUCCCAUAAUGAGACUUUCUCCAACAGGGUCAUCAUCCAUGAGACCUGCUGCUACUCGGUUCACCCUGAGAACGAGGACUGGACGUGUUUCGAGCAGACUGCCAGCCUGGACAUCAAGUCGUUCUUUGGCUUUGAGAGCACCGUGGAGAAGAUCGCCAUGAAGCAGUACGCCAGCAGCAUCAAGAAGGGGAAGGAGAUCAUCGAGUUCUACCUGAAGGAGCUCCAGGACGAAGGGAUCACUCAUGUUCCUCGCUGGACUCCCUCCUCCCUCCUGCUGCCCCUCCCCCGACCCACCAGCCUCCUCACCAGUCCUCCUCUCCUCCCCAAGCUGGCGCUGACGCCGGCCGUGUCCAUCCCGCUGCCGUGCGACGCCCGGGACGGCGCCGCGCAGGACGCCAAGCAGGACUGCAGCGCUCUGCAGACAGACGGGCUGCCGGAGGCUCUGGCUGGCACGCCUGAAGAUAAGUUGGAUGCAGAUUAUAUCAAACGCUACCUGGGAGACCUGACCCCCCUGCAGGAGAGCUGCCUGAUCAGACUCAGGAAGUGGCUGCAGGAGACGCACAAGGGAAAGAUUCCUAAGGAUGAGCACAUCCUGCGUUUCCUGCGUGCCCGGGACUUCAACAUGGACAAAGCUCGGGAGAUCCUGUGCCAGUCUCUGACGUGGAGGAAGCAGCACCAGGUGGACUACCUGCUGGAGACCUGGACCUCCCCACAGGUCCUCCAGGACUACUACACUGGUGGCUGGCACCACCACGACAGAGACGGCCGUCCUCUCUACAUCCUGAGGCUGGGACAGAUGGACACCAAGGGCCUGGUCCGAGCUCUGGGGGAGGAGUCUCUGCUCAGACAUGUGUUGUCUAUUAACGAGGAGGGGCUGAGACGCUGCGAGGAGAACACCAAGGUGUUUGGGCGACCUAUCAGCUGCUGGACGUGUCUGGUGGACCUGGAGGGGCUCAACAUGCGUCACCUGUGGCGACCAGGAGUCAAAGCGCUGCUGAGGAUCAUCGAGGUGGUGGAGGCCAACUACCCCGAGACUCUGGGCCGGCUGCUGAUCCUCCGAGCGCCCCGGGUCUUCCCGGUCCUCUGGACUCUGGUGAGUCCGUUCAUUGAUGAAAACACCCGUAAGAAGUUCCUGAUCUAUGCGGGGAACGACUACCAGGGUCCUGGAGGUCUGGUGGAUUACAUCGACAAGGAGAUCAUCCCCGACUUCCUGGCAGGAGAAUGUAUGUGUGAGGUCCCAGAGGGUGGCCUGGUCCCUAAGUCCAUGUACCGCACGGCCGAGGAGCUGGAGAACGAAGACAUCCGGCUGUGGACGGAUACCAUCUACCAGAGCGCCAGCGUCUUCAAGGGAGCUCCCCACGAGCUCCUGAUUGAGAUCAUUGACGCCUCCUCCGUCAUCACCUGGGACUUUGACAUGUGUAAAGGCGACGUCGUUUUCAACAUCUACCACUCCAAGCGGGCCCCCCAGCCCCCCCGUAAAGAGCCCCUGGCCCACGGCAUCACGUCCCCAGUAGGCAACAACGUCCAGCUCAUAGACAGGUCCUGGGUCCUGGGACAAGACUAUAGCAUGGUGGAGUCCCCGCUCACCUGCAAGGAGGGAGAGAGUGUUCAGGGCUCCCACAUCACCCGCUGGCCAGGUUUCUACAUCCUCCAGUGGAAGUUCCACAACAUGGCGGCCUGCUCCGCCACCAACCUGCCCCGAGUGGACGACGUGCUGGCCACCCUGCAGGUCUCAUCGCACAAGUGCAAAGUCAUGUACUACACUGAGGUGUUGGGCUCGGAGGACUUCAGGGGAUCCAUGACCAGUCUGGAGUCGAGCCACAGCGGAUUCUCUCAGCUCAGCGCCGCCACCACCUCCUCCAGCCAAUCACAGUCCAGCUCCAUGAUCUCCAGGUAGAAACCGCCAGCUGAGGACUUUAACCCCGCCCCCUUCCACGGCCCUUACCUGCCCACACCUGAGGCCACCUCCCCUUCCUCUUUGGAUCUGUUCCUCCUGCAGCCAGUCUCUCUAUGAACUGAAGCAUGAUGCACAAACAGAAGACAAAGAAUUAAAAUCUGAGGCAAAAAGAAAAAACAAACUGUGUGUACCAUUUUAAGGGCUGAUUUUUGCACAAAGGUGAUAUAUUUUUUGUGCCUGGCAUCUCUGCUGGGCAGCAGUUUGAAUCAGAACAUCAGCAGAAUGUUUGUUGGUGUGAAAAAAAGGUCAAAGGUCAGGUGAAAUGCACCAGAAGCUGAAAGAAGCAAUAUUCUCAUCCUGAAGACACUGGAGACGCUGUUACAUUAUGCAGACGACACACACCUAUUCAUGUGCUCUCUGAAGAACUGUUACACACACACACACACACACACACUCACACACACACACACACACACA